AUGGAACUUAAUAUCCAAGGCCAUAAUUUUGUUGUGGAUUUAUUGGUGAUUGAUUUAGCUGAUUUAGGGAUAAUAGUUGGAACAUGUGAAUCAUCUGAAGAUUUAUUGGAAUGUUUGAAACAAAAUCAGUUUUGUGUGAAGCUAAUUAAAUGUGCAUUUGCUAUUGAUGAAAUAGAAUAUUUAGGCCAUUUGGUUUCGGGUGAAGGGGUUAAAGUUGAUCCUAAGAAAAUAUCAACAAUGACCAUAUGGCCUACACCUAGUUCUGUUAAGCAAUUGAGGGGAUUUCUCAGAUUAAUCGGGCAUUAUAGAUGCUUUGCUCGUAAUUAUGCAUCCAUUGUUUCACCUUUUUCGGAUUUAUUGAAAGAAAAUGCCUUUUCUUGGUCUUCAGUAGCAGAAGAAGCAUUUGUGAAAUUGAAGGAUGCUAUAUCUUAUACCCUUAUUCUUAGAUUACCAAAUUUUUCUUAG